UUAGACCUGACGUCAUUGUCGCUUGUGUUUUUUUGUGAAUGAAAGAAUCCAACCUCAGAGAGCAGCGGAGUAAUUCCGGGAAAAGGCGGACUGACAUUUUGUCGCUAGAGUCGCUUCGAUCCAGCAGAUUGUCUGUAUCUGUGUUGACUGGUGCUUUAGGGGGGGGAAACAAACCGAAGACAGACGGAUCAUGUCAUCAGAGAGAAGCAGCAAGGCCCUGAAGGUAAAGCAGGAAUGUGGCGAAAAUGUGCCCGUCCUGUCGGACAGCGAGCUCAUGUCUCUCACGGUGCGCGAGUUGAACCUCCACCUGCGCGGCAUGUCCCGCGACGAGAUCCAGAAGCUGAAGCAGCGCCGGCGCACCUUGAAGAACCGGGGCUACGCCGCCAGCUGCCGGGUCAAGCGGGUGUCGCAGCGCGAAGCCCUGGAGCAGCAGAAGACGGAGCUCCAGCGGGAGGUGGAGCGGCUCGGGGCGGAGAACGCCGGCAUGAGGAAAGAGCUGGAGGGGCUGGGCGCACGCCUGGCGGCCCUCCAGAGGUUCGCCAGGGGCCUGGAGGCCGGGGGGGGCAACCUGCUCGCCACGGCCCCGCGCCGCAACACCGCCUCGGUCAUCACCAUCGUCAAGAGUCCGCCACAGCCUCAGCCACAGAGGGACCAGGAGCCGUCCUAGAAGGAGCUGCUUGACUGGGGGGCAGGGGGGGGUGGCAGGGGACAGGGACGCACAACAUGCAAUGCAAAAACACACGCAUACACCUGCAGGCAUAUAUAUAUAUAUAUAUAUAUAUUCUAUACACACACACAUGCAACAGGAAGACGAUUUUAGUAGGAAAAUACUAAACGCUGCGUCACGCCUCGUUCACAUUUUGAAAUUCCGUAGGAUUAUUUAGGCGGGAGCCGUUCGUUCCUGUGUGACACAGCGGUUGACUAGUUUUCCAAAGCAAGGGCCAGGAACCGUGGCGAAAGAGUCUAGGACUGGGUGGCGGUGUCCGCCACUAGGACACUGCAGCUUAGUUGACUGAAAUGUGUAUUUUUGUUGUGUAUCUGUUUAGGAUUCUGUCCGCAAAGACGCAGCGGGUUUAACCGUGAACGAGGCAUUCGGCACCGAUGCACUCGCAGUCAUCACACACGCGCGCACAAAACCCCUCGCACCCAGUCCACGGGACGGGACGGGGGGCGGGGUAGACUUUGACUAGCUGGACUCUGACUGAAGCCAGACCAACCCAACCGGAGUUACUGUACAUGUUCUCAGCUCAACGAGUCCAGCUCUGACGCUGGUGCUCUCUGAUCGUGCUACCGCAUGGCCCAGGGGAGGGGAGGGGAGGGGGCUUCUCGCCGCUUCCGGUUAUGGCACCUGACCCAAACGGCAACGUGCAAGGGCAGAGCGGACAGCUCUACAACGGCUGCUUAACCUUGUACAGCUGUAGUCCGAAGUGUUUCCUAUCUGGCUCUGAUAACAGCCCGGUCCCCCCAUGUGUCUCUGCUACUGUGCUGAGGAAGUGUCCCAAAAAGUAUGAUUCAUUCACUCUUGUUAGUCAUUAAUGUAGGAGUUUCUCAACCUCGGUGUCACUUGACAGGCAGGCGGGUGGGGGGGUCAUGGGAGUAAGACUUAAGUGCUUGGGUCAUGAGGAUUUUGGGAGCAAGGUUGAGAAACGCUGCAUUUUGUGAAUCAUGAGUUCCUUUUUGAAUUGCCACUACUCCCCACCUGUACUACCCCUCCCCGUGACGGGUCAAAAGUAGUCUUGUACUGCUUGUGUACACGUUUCUCACAAUAAUGCAGUGCCUUCAGUGUAUGGAGUUAGAAGAACACAAAACUAAGAGGGAGGGGGGGGGGGGGAAAGAGGUGAAAACGAACCGGACUCGCUCAUUGUUGACUGUUCACGACCGCACAUUUCUUUCUUUCGAAUUUCUCUAGGUUCUGCUAUAUUCUGAGCUAUGAUCCAGCAUCGCUCGUUUUACAAUCCCCUACUGUGCAGUAACUUUGCUACAGUCUGCAGUGGCUUCCCUUAUUUUCAUUUUUUUUUUUCAUAUCUGCUAGACUGCCAACAACAAACGUUGGUCGUUUUGCUCCAAA